AUGCCACUCCAUCCGCAGACUCCCAACAGGGAGGAUCUCGAGCAAACAUGGCAAUAUCUGGAGAAUGGAAUCUCCAAGAUUAUGAACGAUUUACAGCAAGGAAUGGACAUGAAGGCCUACAUGGGAAUUUACACUGCUGUACAUAACUUUUGUACAUCCCAAAAGGCGGUAAAUUCGAGUAGCACCUCUCUCCACCACCAAGGCGGUGUCCAUAGGGGUGCUCACUUGCUGGGGGAGGACUUGUAUAACAAUUUGAUUCACUACCUUACCGCCCAUCUUGCAGGAUUGAAGGAGCAGUCUGGUCAGUUCGCAGAUGAAGCUCUACUUGGAUUCUACAUCCGGGAAUGGGACCGAUAUACGACAGCAGCCAAGUAUAUCAACCAUUUGUUUAGGUACUUGAAUCGACAUUGGGUUAAGAGAGAGAUGGAUGAAGGCAAGAAAAACAUCUACGACGUCUACACUCUACACCUUGUCCGCUGGAAACUCGAUCUUUUUGAUAGCGUUCAGAAGAACGUUAUGGAUGGCGUUCUCAAACUCGUAGAGAAGCAGAGAAACGGCGAGACUAUCGAAACAGCCAUGGUCAAGAGCAUCGUUGACUCCUUCGUUUCUUUGGGUCUUGAUGAGAACGACUCAUCCAAGUCCACUUUGGAUGUCUACAGAGAGUUCUUCGAGAAGCCAUUCUUAGAAAUCACAAACGUUUAUUACCAACUCGAAUCGAAACAAUUCGUUGCCGAAAACAGCGUUGUCGAAUAUAUGAAGAAGGCUGAGACUCGCCUGAGCGAAGAGGAAGGACGCGUUCACGUCUAUCUUCAUCCGGACAUAAUGAUUCCGCUGAUGAAAACAUGUCAGCGUGUGCUUAUUCAAGAGCACAAGACCCUUCUUCAUGACGAGUUCCAAGUUCUGUUGAAUAACGACCGCCAGGACGACCUAAAACGCAUGUACAACCUAUUAUCUAGGAUAACAGAAGGCCUCGAACCUUUAAGGACUAAGUUUGAGGCACACGUCCGAAAGGCUGGCCUUGAAGCGAUUGAGAAGGUCGCUAAUGAGAACGCGGACGAUAACUUGGAGCCAAAGGUUUAUGUUGAUGCCCUCCUCGAAGUUCACGAGAAAUACUCUAGCCUCGUCAAGAUUGCCUUUAAGGAAGACACCGAAUUUGUUCGAUCGCUCGACAAUGCUUGCAGAGAAUUUGUGAACAGGAACAAGGUCUGCAAGGCCGCGUCCUCCAAGUCGCCUGAGUUAUUGGCUAAAUACGCCGACUCAUUGCUGAAGAAGAGUGCAAAGGCCGCAGAAGAAGCAGACCUCGAGAGCAAGCUGGACAGUAUAAUGACGGUCUUCAAGUACGUCGAAGACAAGGAUGUGUUCCAAAAGUUCUACUCAAGAAUGUUGGCAAAGAGAUUGGUUCAUGCUACAUCCGCAUCUGAUGAUGCAGAGACCAGCAUGAUCGGGAAGCUCAAGGAUGCAUGCGGUUUCGAGUACACGAACAAGCUCCAGCGUAUGUUCCAGGAUAUGCAGAUCUCCAAGGAUCUUAACGACAGCUACAAAGAAUGGAUGAACAACACCUUGGAUGAAGAGUCCCUCAAGACAGCGGUCGAUUUCUCGAUCCAAGUUCUGGGAACUUCGUUCUGGCCUCUAACCCCACCUAAUACACCGUUCAACAUCCCACAAGUCAUCACCAAGACGUACGACCGAUUCCAAACCUUUUAUUUCCAGAAGCACAGCGGUCGCAAGUUGAAUUGGCUAUGGCACCUUUGCAAGGGAGACGUCAAAGCGACGUUCGCCAAAAGCUCGAAGGUCCCAUUCACAUUCCACGUUUCGACUUAUCAGAUGGCUAUUCUUUUGAUGUUCAACGACGCUACCUCGUAUACCUAUGAGGAUAUCGAGUCAACGACUAGCCUCUCCCGUGACUAUCUCGACCCUUCCCUUGGUGUGUUUAUCAAAGCCAAGGUUCUCAACAUUGAGCCAGCAUCGAGCAAGGUCGGACCCGGAACUACCUUGACCUUGAACACUGAUUUCAAGAGCAAGAAGAUUCGUGUCAAUUUGAACAUGGCAGUCAGGGCGGAACAGAAGCAGGAGACUGAGGACACUCACAAGACCAUUGAGGAGGACCGUAAACUACUUAUGCAGUCUGCUAUCGUCCGUAUCAUGAAGUCUCGUAAGAAGCUCAAGCACGCUGUUCUCGUCUUGGAGACUAUCGCCCAGAUCAAAUCACGCUUUACACCCAAGGUUCCUGAUAUCAAGAAAUGUAUUGAUAUCUUGCUAGAGAAAGAAUACUUGGAGAGGUUGGAUGGGGAUCGUCUUGGAUAUUUGGCUUAA